AUGCUCAAUUUCACAACUAGAAAAAGAUCUAAAGAGCUUGACUUGAUAUCUGUUUGCAGGAAUGAAUCUGUUGAAUUGGGGACCACUGUCACCUUAAACUGCACCAACACAAAGAUCGCAUGGAAUGACGUGAUUUUUGUCAUCUGGAAAAUUAAUUUGCAAAACAAAAAUUGUAGAAUUGCUCUGGCUAAAUAUGACCCCGACCACGACAGCUGUAAUGAUGGGAAAAAGCAGACCCACACAGCAGAUGGAAUGUAUCACCUGAUCAUCCCAAAUUUUUCCAUCCGAGAUGAAGGAAAUUACACCUGUGACUUUUCAUACCAAUCAGGUGGUUUGAUUGAAAAAAUCACAGUCUCUGCAUGGGCCCGUCCAAAUGUUUCUGGCUGGCUGGAAUAUGAGCAUGGACACACUGUCGCUGUGUGUGAAGCUACAAGUAAACAACUAGCCUCUAUCCAUUGGGAAACACCGUGGAACCUGUCCACUCCCAUCACACAAGUAUCUGAGACUCCAGGGCAGCUUUCCACAGUGAUUAGCCGCUUACAUCUUCCUCAACAUGCUUCUCAUAGAAACCUCACUUGUGUGGCCACUGCCAAUGACUUCAAGCGCUUCAAGACUCAAUUUAGCAACUUCACGUUUAGAGAUACACAUGUUGGAAGGUUCUUUAUUCUUGUGGGAAUUUAUGUUACAUGCGCCAUCAUUGCUUCAUUAACUGGACACUACAUCAUGCAGAAAAAAGUCAUAAAGCUUCGAAACCUUUGCUGUAAACCUGAUACACAACAGCCUAACGAUCCUGAUGAAUUGCAGCACUACGCCACGUGUGGGCCAGGAGCCAUCUACAACUCUCUGUGGACCCCUUCAGUGCUUGAAACACAUGAUCACACACACACAUACGAAAGUAUCUCAACAAAAUUUCAAUAAAAGCAGAUUUGUUUAUGCAUACUGAAAUGUGUAGAGGUUUGUACUCAGCAAAGGUACUUCAUGCAGACUCAGUGCACACCUACUCUUUGGGUAAAAUUGAGAUAAAAUUGAGCAUCCUCCAACAUAC